UGAAGCUGUAGCAAUCGAAAGCUAAGUCUUUACUCUCACCAAUACAUUAGUAACAAUAAUCCCCGUGAGAAAUUUUCAUUGCGAAAAAUAUUAUCUUAGCCAGAGCAUCGGACCUAAAUCAUCCGCUUUCCGGUCGAAAAAAAUUUUGUUGUUUACAAACUCGGGAAAUCGUCAAAAAUUAAACAAGCAAUGAGGGUGAUAACAACACGAAGAAUCUAAGUUUCUCGUUUCUUCUUAACUGCAACAUAAACGGUAUCCUUUAAGUCAAUGACGGGGCGCAUAUCUUUCGGUAACGAGAUCCGCAGCGACAAGACGAGACCAAAUGAGAUAACUUGAUACACACGAGUAUGUCUGUACGCACUUACAUCACGACGCAUAUUCCCGGAACUUCCUCCAGCUAUUCCUCUACUCCCGCCUCGCGAUUACACGGGCCCUUACGAUUCCAAGCGCGGCGCCUUGUAAGACCAACCACGAGCGGGACCGAAGAAGAGACGCGGAGGAAGAAACGAGUAGAGUCGGUGGGAAUCUGUUUCCAGCGGGGUUGAAUCGUCGUCCAGAUUUUAGCUCGCGUCAGUCGUGAGGAUCUCGCAGAAGGUUCGAACCAUGCGGUCGUACCUCAUCGUCCUGAUUUUUCUCGCGAGCACGGCACUCGCGAGGUACCACGAAAAAACUCGUUUUGAUCGAUCUAUUCACGAAUACAAGACACGAAUAGAAGACACAAAAAACAAUAAUAAAGAUGAAUCUUUUACUGACGAUGUAACGCAAUUUGUUGCAUACAAGAGCAGAAAAGGGAAUGAUUGUUAUCUUGAAGAUAUAAGACAAAAGGAAAAUGCAUCACAUAAAAGAUCCAAAAUACUCUAUGCAUCAAUAACCCUUACGAAAUUAGAGGCAUGGCAACUUGCUGGAGGUAGAAUUGUUAAUUUCUGUAACGGACGCAACAUUCUUCUAUUACAAACAACAAAACCUGUAUCUGCACGAGCUCUUGAUCCUUUCUUUAAUGAAAUUCCUAUAGACGAAAAUGAUAUUUUGCCAAGACGUGUAGCUGAUCUAAUUCUAACACCUCUGAAGGCUAGAACAAAGCGACAAAUUCAACUCGAACAACGAGAGAAGUUGAAUAAAAAUAUCAAUCAAAUUCGACAACGUCGACAGACGAAUCAGUUUCGAGGGAAGUUUCGUGGACAGACGCAAUCUCAAUAUUUGAAUUUUGCUAACGGUGAACAGAAAGAGGGUAAAGCUGAAGCUGAAGCUACACAGCAAUCUUCACGGGCAAUAGUUAGUGGUAGUCGUGGUAUGGGUCAAGCGCAAAGUAUGUCAUCAAGUGGUACUGGUUGCGAAGAUUGUCCUGGAUAUCGCGGUAUCGAAGGAGCACCUGAUAAAAUACGGGUUCCAUCUCCGGGUAGACGUCCAGAUACUGAAAUACCUGGUAUUACACAGCCUAAAACAGAAGAUGCACAGAUAACUUAUCCAGGAGUGGUUCCAGGAGGAACUUAUCCUAGUAUUUUCCCUGGAAUUUAUCCCGGUGGCGUUCGUCCUGGAACUGUGACACCAGGAGUUGAUGGAAUCUAUCCUGGUGAUGUUCGUCCUGGAACCGUGACACCAGGAAUUGACGGAACCUAUCCUGGUGGUAUGCGUCCUGGAACUGUAACACCGGGAGUUGACGGAAUAUAUCCUGGUGGUGUUCGUCCUGGAACUGUAACACCGGGAGUUGACGGAACGUAUCCUGGUGGUGUUCUUCCUGGAACUGUAACACCGGGAGUUGACGGAAUCUAUCCUGGUGGUGUUCGUCCUGGAACUGUGAUUCCAGGAGUUGAUGGAACAUAUCCUGGUGGUGUUCGUCCUGGAAUUGUGACACCAGGAGUUGAUAGAACGUAUCCUGGUGGUAUUCGUCCUGGAACUGUAACACCAGGAGUUGAUGAAAUAUAUCCUGGUGGUGUUCGUCCUGGAGUUGUAAGUCCAGAAGGAGAUAGAAUAUAUCCACCUGGAACUUUAAUCUCAGGUCAAGGAUCAUAUCCUGGAAUCCAACCUGGAGUAGUCUCACCUGGUGUGACAAUAGGGGUUGGAACAGGUGCUGGAACGUAUCCAGGUAUUCAACCAGGAGGUCAAGGCACUUAUCCUCCUGGUGGCAUCGUAACCACUUCAGUAACUACAGGUGCCACUGCUGUUACUGGUGUUGGAACUUACCCAGUUAGUACCGCACCCGGAACAGGCUUACCAGGUGGAUCAUAUCCAAGAAUUCCUGGUACUGGAAUUUAUCCUGAAGUUCGACCUGAUACAACUUCAAGAACAUAUCCAGGCAGUGCUAUUUCAGGAGUAACUCAAGGAGUUUAUCCUGGUGGUGGACAGCAGAUUGUCGUAUUCCGUCCUGAAGAUAUUCCAUCUCUACCAAGUACAGGUCAAGUUCCUGGCAUGAUUACAACUACAACAACUGGUACUGGUACACAAAUAACAACUUAUCCAGGUGGUCGACCAACAAUUGGUCAAGUCGUUUAUCCAGGUCCUACUGGUACUGUUCAACCUAGUAAGAUUCCUGACGGAACAGGUAGUGUACCAAUUACUCAGAUCACGUAUCCAAGUGCAUAUCCCGGAAGUGGUAUUAUUCCAGGUAUAUACCCUGGCGGUGCGCCACAAAUUACUCCCGGAGGUACUUUAUAUCCAGGUCAAAUAACUUAUCCUGGUGGUCAAGUGUCAAGUUAUCCAAGCGGACAAUAUCCAGGUACGGGUAUCAGAGUUCCAGGAAGAACAGAUGUUCCAGGAGGCAUUCAGUAUCCAGCAGGUCAAAUAACGACUGGUGGAACAGGUAUCCCUGGACAAUAUCCUGGUCAAUAUCCAGGUGCAGUUGGAGUAGGUACUGGAAUAGAUACUGGAGGGACAGGUGUUCCUGGAUAUCCUGGUCAGUAUCCAGUGAAGCCUUAUCCAGGAAUAGUUGGAACUCCAGGUACUGGAGAUGCUUCACAAUAUUAUACGCAAACUGGAGGAUCAGUAGGACCAGUGGGUCCACCAGGUAUGGUAGACGACGGUACCGAAUCGCAGGCGUUGAGUUCUGUACAACAGGUGGACUCGGGUACUCAAGCAAGCGCCUCGGCUCAGGGUAAAUAUGGUUCGGGCAUAGCUCAAUCGCAGGUAACAGGCACUUACAGUGGUUCUGGUACAUUUUCGGCCCAGGCUGGUACUAGCGAUGCCAACAAAAGCGCUCAGGCUGAGAUCAGUGGUGGUAAAGAAGGAGCUACUAGCAACGCACAGGGUAUCGCCGGUUACGGAAAGAGUCAGACGCAAGUUCAACUGGAUUCCGAUUCUGGAGCUACCUCGACAGGCGCUCAAAGCAGCGGAUGGAAUCAUGGCACUAAUUCGCAGGUGCAAGCGAGUUCCAAAGGUGGUAUGGCAGACGCUCAGGCUAACGGCGAGGGCAGUACUUCCAGUCAAGCGCAGAUCGGCUUCCAUCCAUACCUAAAGAACGAUAGUGAGAAGGUAGAGAAGAAUGCGACGCCAUUCCGCGGUAGCGGAACAGCAUCGGCUCAAAGUGGCACUCAUCGAGGUCAGUCACAAUCGCAACUGCAAGGUUCUUUUCAAUACGGAAUCACGUAUACUGGUGCGGCGCAGGCCGGUUCUGGAUCUGGUGCUGCAUCCUCGCGAAAACCUUUUAACUUCACCGACACCAAUCUCUUCAAACCCUUUAAACCAGAUUCAUCGUUGAGACAACCAGCAAAUGUUGACAGCAUGCAAUCGAGUCCCUCGUCAAAUUCCUCAAAUUAUGAGAAUAGGCAAGACGAAAGCGAGCAAAAUCGCGAGCAAGGCUUGCAGAGUAGCUCGACUUCAAAACAAACUGUUAUUCUGACUUCCAAGGAUAAUCCGAAAGAUACUACAGAAAAGAAGAUCCUAGCGGAGAAACCGCAAACGGAUGAUACGGCGUAUGACGAAUACGACGACGAAUAUGCUGACGACGACGAUUAUCCCACGGCAGCAGAUCCAAAAUUGACGAUCCAAGAGAAGUUUUCGGGAACUUUUUUGAGUCCGAAUCCAAAUCAUCAGAAAUCCGGUAAAACUAUCCAGCAGCAAAGCCGCAGUCAAUCGCAGACGAUACAGGUCGCUAAGGGAAAUCAAUACAAUAUCCAUGUUAGCCAAGACUCAAAUGUACCGCGAACGGGCGACACUUUACAACCGGGAAAAUCCGUAUCAGGAUACACCAUCCCGCCCGGAUUUCGUGGCCGCGUAAUGUCCACUUCCGGUACCGAAACCAUUGCCCAGGGCGACGGCAAGUCUCAAUCGCAAACCGUAUCUUUGAUUCCAAAGGAUGCCAAUAAUACUAAAUCGCUCACAGGGACUAGAUCGCUUCAGAUCAAUCACGAACGUUAUUACGUUGGCCGACAUACACAAAAUCAAGGAUCCGUUAAUCAAAACACGUCUUCCAAUAAGCGCACGAGACCUACUCCGGCAGUAGCUGCGAAACCGAGUUAUUACACUGUAACCAAUAGCUUUGCCGGCAAGAUAAAUGGUAACAACGAACCGAAAAAAUACGAGCAUCGAUAUUAUACCAAGAGUUCCACUUGCGGAUAUUUCACGUUCUCCUGUAACGUCGUGUACGGUUCCAACGGCAGGACAAAGAUCUGCAGGCCGAAAGUGCCGACGUAUCCCGAUGGCACGCCUAUGAAAUGUUGAAUUAUCUGAAAAUAUUAUGGAAUGCAUGGACAACUAUUUCCGCAAAGCAUUCUUCAUUUUUUUUUCUUCAUUGUGUAAUACAAUGGAAUUGACUUAUCUAGAUUAUAGAUUAAAUCAUAUUUUUUUGAC